AUGGCUCGAGUCCUCCUCACUGGCGGUAAUGGAUUCCUUGGAAGCCAUGUUCUUGGUCUCCUCUUGGAUCGAGGAUAUUCAGUCGUAACCACUGUCCGCAGUCUCGAGAAGGCUGAGCAGAUCCGUGAAUGCCACCAUCUACAUGCAUCUACCACUCAGCUACGAGUCAUCAUCGUUCCUGACUUUACGAGCGCUGGUGCUUUUGAUGAAUGUUUCAAAUCUGACGCGCCCCUCGAUGUGGUCAUCCAUACUGCGUCUCCGUUUCGCUACUCGAUUACCGAUAUUCAGCGAGAACUCUUGAAUCCUGCAAUCGGUGGGACUGUUGCGUUGCUGGAAGCAGUUCGGAAAAGUGCACCAUCGGUUAAGAAAGUGGUACGCUUCCCGCAUCGUAGUGAAAUGAAGCAGACGUACUUGGCUUCAGUUCCCGAGGUUGUUUUAACCAACUGCAGAUCGUAA